ACCUAUCAAAGCUUGCAGUCCAGCGCGAAAAGUCCAAGAUUGCCUUCCUUUCCAACAAAUGUGGGAAAGCGUGUGAAUUACGUUUCCCCGGACUAUCAAGUUUGAUGAAAGGUCUGGUCAAGUUAGGAGCGCCUCUCAAUGGAGGCUCCCUGAGGCGGACUGCUUCUGCGGCCUGCGGCUUAGCACGAUGCAGCAACUAUGCAGCCCCUGUCAUGAUGUUGUGUGCCAACACUGUGCGGUAUUCGUCGUCAAAUUCUCGGUGGAAGCAGAGACAGGGCAACGACUUUUUCGCACGCGAGGCGAAGGUCCAGGGCUUGAAGAGCCGGGCUGCUUUCAAGUUACUCGAGAUGGACGCGAAAUACAAAUUCUUCAGAAAAGGACAGACGGUGAUCGACCUCGGUUACGCGCCCGGGUCCUGGUCCCAGGUUGCCCUGGAGCGCACCAAGCCUAACGGCAAGAUCGUGGGCAUCGACCUGAUCCCCGCGCAGCCGCCCAAGGGCGUCUCGACAAUCCAGGGAAACUUUCUGAACCCGGCCGUGCAGAAUCUGGUUAAGGGGUAUCUCCAGGAGUAUGCGCCGAAGAAGCCCUCCCGCAAGGCCAAGAGCGAGGAUGAAAUGGAUGCGCCACCGUUAACGGCCGAGGACUUUGAGGCACUUAUGCUGGGGAAGCCGAGCUAUAUCGAUACCGAAAGAGCUGAAACGGUGGAUCACGACGAGCCGUUGGAGGAUUCAGGGCGAUUGGUGGAUGUGGUAUUAAGCGACAUGUCAGCACCUUGGGUUCAAACCUCCGGCUUUUCCAGUAACACAUUGAGUAACCCGUAUCGUAGGAUGAUGAACACGAGCGGAAUGAGCUUUCGAGAUCAUGCCGGUAGUAUGGACUUGUGCCUUGCCGCGCUACAAUUCGCUAGCGACACGUUGAGAACAGGUGGACACUUUGUGUGUAAAUUCUAUCAAGGAUCCGAAGACAAGGAGAUGGAGUUGAAACUCAAGAAAAUGUUCGGCAGGGUGCAUAGAGAAAAGCCCGAGUCGUCGAGAAAUGAAUCGAGAGAGGCGUUCUUCGUUGCGCUUAGAAGGAAGGGUGAUGUAUUACUAGAGGAUGUCACCAAAUAAUUGUAUAUUUACUGUAUAAAAGUUAUUGUAUAAAAGAAUACAACACCAACGAGCAAGUCA